CGGAUGAAUAAUAAUAAUAUCGUGGCAACAAUACAGCUUCUCUACUAAGAUAAGUGUAGAAGUCUGUGCAACAAUACGAUGAUAGAUAAGUCAAGUCGUCAUCGUUGUUCGUAUUCUGUGUCACAUCCAUGCAGCAUCUAAUCAGCGAUCCGUAAAUCGUUAUCCGCACAAUGCUCAUUAUUUAAUGAUUAUUUAGCCAUGUUGUACGAUGUCAUCUCGAUUAUCAUCGCAGAUACGACAAAAACAUGCAAAAGCGGUCUUAUGGAGUCGCCGGCUAACGGUGACGUUGCAGCAGCCAACUGCUUGACACCCAACUAUUUGCAAGCUGACAUCUCCAAAGAUGGAUCGUUCUACGGCGUUUUUGUUGAAACUGACAAAGACGAAAGUGGUACUCCUAAAGUCUUUUCUAAACUCAAGGAAACACUGUCUGCAAUUAAAUCUAAUAAGGCGGCUAGGUUUAAAAUUUUCAGGUCGGCAUCUGAAGCUGAACACUUCAGCAUAUUUGGUCAGGAAUCACCAGUUAAACCAUCUGAGAAAAAUAUAUCGAACAAUGUUCCUUCCAGCUUUGGUUUCAAAUCUCUAAAGUCGGAGGAGCUUGUUGCAUUUAGGCGUCUCAUUGAAAGUGGUGAUGUCGAAAAAGUAAAGCAAGCUAUUAAUUCAAAUCCAAAGUUUCUAGUAAGCAGUGGAGAUACACCUUCAAUUAUUCAGGAAGGUUGUCGAUAUAACGCUAUGCAUGUUGCUGCUCGGUAUAACCAAGCAGUUAUUAUUCAUUUCAUAAUGGAGUGCGUCACUAAUCCAGAUUUUAUUAAAAGUCUAUAUGGAAUUGAACAGUCAUAUUUAUCUCGUAGUGAAAUAAUUACAGAUUUAUAUUUGAAUACUCCUGACAAAGCAGCUAAUGACACUCCACUUCAUAUUGCUUCAAAAUUUGGUCAUGUAGAUGUAGUGAGAGAACUUGUCUCAUAUGACAAAUGUAUAUUAACCUCAAGAAACAAAUAUGGCCAGAUUCCAAAAGACGUUAUAUGUUCAAGAGGAAAUAAACCGGCAUACAAUGAAAUAUUAAAUUUAUUAGAGGAUGGAUAUUUUGUUCCUAUGUGGAAAUCGGAUGACGAUUGUGUACAACCCACAAUUGGAAAACCGUUUUCACCAAAAUCUUCACCAGUAAUAUCAGUAACACAGUUUGAAAAUGAAUGCCUUAAAACCUUGAGUCCAGUACUUGAGAUAAGAGCUAUAGCAGGACCAAUGAAUGAACCACAAGCUCAACAAUUUUGGAAAGACUGGAAGUCGCCAGUACGGAAGUCACUAUUAUCACCUUCUCCAAAAAAGUUACAUCAUAGCCCAAAACAAAAGGAAAUAUAUGACAAAAGUUUUGAAAAAGCAGGAAGAGAACUGGCUGAAAUAAAAAAAGUCGGAUGGGCAGAAUAUUGGCCUUUUUUAGAUCGAAUAGUUGAUCUGCGAACAGAAAGAGGUCUUGAUCUUCUUGAAAAUUAUUUAAAACAGAGAUUUGAUUCAAAAGAACAAGAAAAUGAUGAAAAGUCAAAUGUAACGGAGCCAACGAUAUUGUUAAGUCCUAUGGGUGAAUUAUGUAAAGCAUUGGAAACGAUGAGAAUUGGAAGUAAUCCAAAACAAAAAAGUAUUAGGCGUUCUACACUUGUAUCUUAUACCUGUUUAGUCAAGUCGUGCAAAGUGUUAAGUGAACGUUUACUAAAAGUAAUCAUAUCUGAAUGCGAGAAUACACAAGAUAUUGAAUUAUUGGCUAGCCGUUUGUGUCAUGAAGUAAGACAUUUAUUAGUUUUGGAAGACAGUUUCUAUUCAGAUAGUCGGUUUGAUCAAAACAUACAGGGUAAAAUUCAUGGAAGAGUGGCUAUGAAUUUGUGUCAGUUAUUUAGAGACAAUUAUGAGGGUAAUUUAAAAAUAAAUGAAUUGGUUAACUCUCUGAAAAGUUAUUACAUGUUUAGUGGGGGAGUUGAAACUCGUAGUGAAAACACUGCAGCUUGUCUAACUCGAUUAAUGUCUAAAAUGUUAAACGACACUUCUUCAUUAAAUUGUUUACAGCAACAUGUUGAGAAUGAAGAAGAUUGUAAAGAAUGGUUUUUAAAUACUGAAGCAUGUUUAUGCAAUAUCGGUUGUAAAUCACGACUGAAACCUAAACAGCUAUUUAUGGAUGAUGAUAACCUUUCAAACGUUAAUCAAGAUGUAAUAUCUCAAAUAAAUAUCAUAAAACAUAACACCAAUGAAAAGCCUUUAACUUUAGAUGUUGGUAGUGAUACCAUUCUCACAAACGGAUAUAACUCGGAUGAUGAAAUUUACUUAAGUGCUCCUUCAAGCCCAUGCAGUGAAUCUUCGGAUGAUUAUAAUAUGUUUUAUAAUGCUGAACAAGACUUUUCAUAUUUAUUGUUUUCCAGUGAUAGUCCAACAAAUGAUGAUCAUCAAGUUUAUGAUGUGUUAAGAGGAUUGAAACUAGAUGUCAAUAAAUAUCCAUGGUUAUAUCGAUGGUUGUACUCAAUGGAUGACUAUCAUAAUAAUUAAUCUGUGAUACUAAUUAAACUAACAGUGUAAUUUUUUAUUAAAAUUUUGAGUUAUUUAUUUUUGUUGAUUCUGUGAUUAUAUAUGUAUUAUAAAAUUUGUCAAAUGUUUUCAUUAUUAUCAUUAUUUUACAGUUAUUUUUAAGUCGAGCAUUUAUGAUUUCAUCUUUUUUUGAUUCUUCAAUUUUAAAUUUAGUUUUUAUAUUUGGUAAAAGUUUUUUAGUACAACAAUGACGAUAGCUCACGUGAUAUUUUAUUGUUAAGCUUGGCAUAGUAUGAAAUGGUUAAAUAUAUGUAAUUUAUAAAUUUAAAUAUGUGCUAAUUAUAUAACAUGGCAUUAUAUUUUUAUACCUUUGUUAUUAUUUUUUUAAACUGUCUAUUGUAUACUUUUUUUUCAUUGUUUAAAAAGAGUAAAUCAUUUUAUAUAAACAUUUUUUUAUAAGAUUUACUAUAAAAUAAAUUCCUAAUACAGGGUCCGGCAAAAAAACCUCCCUCAUUUCGAAAUGGCACUGUAUGAGUUGUGGUGGUGGUACAACAGUGGAGGGGGUAUCGAUCAAUAGCUGUAUACAUACCAUUUUCUUCUGACCUAACCUAAACCAGUUUACUAGGAACCAUCAUAAGGGAGAAGUCUGGUUCCAACAAGACGGUGCCACAGGUUACACUUCGCGGCGCUCCCUAGCAAUCUUGAGAGAGGUGUUUCCUGGACGUCUUCUCUCUUUGCGAGAAGACAUCACCUAACCGCCAAGGUCACUUGAUUUAUCCCCUUGUGGUUUGAGGACUUAAGAAGGCAAUCAAACAGGCAGUGGCUGCCAUUACACCGGAAAUGACACGAAGAGCAAUGGCCAUUCUCGAAAGUUAAAAGUGUAACCUGUGGCACCGUCUUUUUGGAACCAGACUUCUCCCUUAUCAUGGUUCCUAGCAAACUGGUUUAGGUAAGGUCAGAAGAAAAUGGCAUGUAUACAGCUAUUGAUCGAUACCCCCUCCACUGUUGUACCACCACCACAACUCAUACAGUGCCAUUUCGAAAUGAGGGAGGUUUUUUUGCCGGACCCUGUACUUAUUAAAAAUAUUGUUUAAAUAAAAAUUGUUGUUUGAAAAAAACUUAUAAUUAAGGCGAUGGUUUUAAU